AUGCUCACCAAGACUGCUCUUCUCUCCCUGCUUGCAGCAUGCACUGCCUCUGCAUCUCCAAUCGAUGCCGACCUUGAGGCUCGCCAGAGCUGUCCUCAGAUUCACAUCUUCGGUAACCAGAUCUAUCAGAAGAUAUCGAAGAUGGUGCUGACUAUUGUCAAAGGUGCACGCGAGACGACUGCUCCUCCUGGCUAUGGAAGUGCUGGCACGGUCGUCAACUUGAUCCUGAACGCCUACCCUGGAAGCACUGCAGAGGUGCUCAAUUACCCAGCUUCGGGCAGCAAUCCAACUUACUCGCAGUCCGUCGCCACAGGCACGCAAAAUGUGUGCAACCAAGUCAGUUCUUACGCCUCGAGAUGCCCGAAUUCAAAGUUGGUCCUCGUCGGCUAUUCUCAAGGCUCUGAGAUCUUCGACAACGCUCUUUGCGGUGGAGGCGACCCGAACCAAGGCUUGAGUUCUACGUGCUCGAUUGCGAGAUACAACAUCAAAGCGGCCAUCUUCAUGGGCGAUCCCCGUUUCAGGGCCGGUGCUCCAUACAACGUCGGGUCUUGUGCGGCAGGCGGAUUCGAUGCCCGUCCAGCUGGCCAGUACUGCGGCAACUUCAACUCGGCCAUCAAAUCAUACUGCGAUGCCUCCGAUCCUUACUGCUGCAAUGGCAACAACGCUCAAACGCACCAGGGAUACGGACAAGAGUACGGCCAGGCGGCUUUGAGCUUUGUCAGGAGCAAGCUUGGGUGA